AUUCAGAGCCAAGUAAAAACCUCCUACAUUCAACAAAGUUACAGAACAAAAACAACAUUCUCUAUCUCUCUCUGUGUCCAAUUUGAUCUGUUUAUAAAUGGCGGCUUCUAGGAUGAUGAUGUUGUCGCAACCGUCACUGGUGCUUCCGUCGUUACGGCGUCAAUGCCGUAAUAAUCCAAUAGGAUUUAGAAGAGGAAUGCAAAAUGUACCUCUCAAAGUGGUAGCAAUGGCAGAAGAAAGUAGUGCUGGUAAUGGGGUUGCUGAGAAAGUAGCUAUAGCUGGUGGAUUGAUUUCGAAUCCGGUAAUCGGAUGGUCUCUAUACACACUUAAGACAACAGGGUGUGGUUUACCACCUGGUCCAGGAGGAUCAAUAGGUGCGCUUGAAGGUGUAAGUUAUUUAGUUAUUGCUGGAAUUGUUGGUUGGUCUUUGUAUACAAAAUCUAAAACUGGUUCUGGUCUUCCGAACGGACCUUUUGGUUUGUUGGGUGCUGUUGAAGGCUUGUCUUACUUAGCUUUACUUGGAGUAAUAGUUGUGUUUGGUUUGCAAUUCUUGGAUCAGGGUUUCAUCCCUGGACCAGUUCCUGUUCCAGGUGACAAAUGCUUUGGGUGAAUUGAAUUCUCUUUUCUACAUUCUUAUUUGUCAUGAUAAAUCUCCUGUCUAAUAUUUUCUAUAUAACUGUAUAAUAAAGACUCAUAUCAAUGUUUUGCUUCA